GUUACCAUAGCGCUAGAUGUCAAGCCAGGGGGGCUGUAUAAACCUUAACGUGUACUCCUUACUGAAGGGAUAACACAUACACAGAAUAGUACCCACUCAGCCAUAGCGCUUCGUAAGACCCGGAGCUAUGUCUGUAGGAAUCCAGAAUCACGCACAGGAACUAGCUGACAACACCGGACGUCAAACGGACUUGGUCGUCCAUAUUGUGUUCCCCGUACUCUACGUUGAGUCCUUGUUCUUCAGAAAAGAGAUUCUUUAAGGGAGUGUUCUCCUCACUUCUCCUUGUGGACGUCUUCCUCGCGAUAUGGGCUGCGGGUCUUCGCUCGACAUGGCAAAGUCUGACAACGCUGCAAAGAGACCACUUGGGCAUGGAGUUGAAGACGGUGCAGGAAAUGGGACAAUCUUCUCACUUGAAGGAGCUCGCAAGCUUUUACAUAAAGACUGGAUGCCUGCAGUUCCGUCGGAAAACCGCCAGGGGUGGAAGAAGGCCUGCUCCAUCUGCGAGCUCUAUGACGACAAGCCUCAGACGACACCUACACCUGACGGGCUGAUGACGUAUGCAAUAGUCGACACAAACCGAGAAACGAAACACGUGAUCCACAUGCCCUCAUCCGAGACGGAAAACACGGUCUUUAAGGAUAUAGAUGACUAUGCUGUUAAGACCCCAAAGUCGAUGAUUGAAAAUUUUUCCUCUCUAAUCGGACAUCUAACGGAGCCGUGUACGACUGAGCUGGAGAAGGCGAGGGUCAUCUUCAGAUGGGUCACCUUCCAGGACAUCGUCAACAUGCAGUUCACGUCCGAACCGAAAGAGGACUCGCCCGAAUGGCACCUAAAGGAAAUCAAAGAAAAGAGAGAGUUUCAUUCAGCUCUCUUCAGUCAACUAUGCAGCCAUGCAGGCCUGCGGUAUGAGGUUGUGAAUGGUUACACCAAGGGAGUGCGCUGCCUGCCAGGGACGUCGUUAGAGGGAACAGACCACAGAGGCAGCUGGACAUUGGUUCUCAUAGAUGACAGAUGGGGUAUCAUAGACACAUCAUGGGGUUCUCAUCACAUGAUCGAUGACGACAUGGAGGAACUAGAAGAGGUGUACUCCGUCGAGGAGUUCUACUUCUUACCUGACCCAAGCCGCUACAUCAUCUCUCAUUACCCGGAUGUGGACGACAUGCAACUUCUGCCCAAACCAAUUUCAUUAACAGACUUUGAAUCUCACGUGAAAUGCUGGCCCGACUUCUUCUCCUAUCACCUUAAACUGUUGAGUCAUCACCAAGGAUUGCUGAAAACGACAGAUGGCGAAGUUACCAUUUAUAUCGGCUUCAGGCCAGAAGAUCACAACAAAGUCAAGUUCACACACCAUUUCAAGAUGGCGGACAACGGAACAAAAUGGCGGGGGGUCAAUCUUGACAGAUUCGUCAGACAAUCGCGGAAGAAAGACGCGGUCAAGUUCGUUUCCUUCCCACCAGAGAAGGGAAACUUCUUGUUGGACAUUUUUGUCGGAGUUGAGGGGGAGAAAAGUAACAAGUUUGUUUGUAAAUACAUGAUAAGUUGUGCUGAGGCGCUAAGUGACACUGCGAACUGUCUCGUACCGGAGUGGCAGGGGAACUGGGGACCGGGAAAUCAGGUGCUAGAGAAGGGUGUGGUGCCAAUAUCUCACCGGUCAUCUACCAUCACCUGUAAGGACGGCAGGGCACAGGUACACUUUGCCCUAUCACGUGAUCUCCGCUUCAGCGCUAAGCUGUACGAGAACAGCAUCCAAGACGGGCACCUGCUACGGAACGUCGCGCACGAGGUACGGGACGGGGUGGUCACGUUUCACAUCGCCAACUCGCAAGUGGGGAACUGUGGUCUGGUGAUCUACGCUCAAGACGCAGCCGGCGAGGAAGAGGGCGAAACUCCACCACUGUGCAGCUACAUCGUCACAGGUGGAAAAGCUGACAUUGAUCCAUUUCCAGAAGUUUCCAACGGCCUGUUCGGACCUAUCGAGCCCCUGUUUACGCAGCGCGGGCUAUCGGUGAGACCAAACGAAAGUGCGUUCUUCGAGACCAGCACAGGAGAGGUGGACAUCAGAAUCUUCACAAAGAGACCGCUGGUGUGGUCUCACAAGCUCACAUGGGAGACCGCUGAAGAGAAGAUAGACUUCAGCAACCACGUGUUUCGUCAGACGCAGGAAGAGGAGGCGCAGUUUUGGCUCCGGCUGCCCUGGGAAGGCUGGUAUCGGCUCGCUGUGUUUGCCGAAGAGCUCGGCCACGAAGGCAGUCUGCGAAACGUCACGAACUACUGUGUCCACUGCACAGGCACGAAGCCGGUGUGCGAACCGUUCCCUUCUGUCAAUGGCGACCAGUGGGGCAAAAACGUGCCCACAUUUCGUGACCUUAAACUCUCAACAGACAGCCAUUCCGACGCCUACAUUCCUUGCCGAUCCCGGGAAGUUGAAAUCAGACUGUCGUCUGCAAUACGAGUAGCUUUUCUCAGUCAGUUCAGACAUGAAGAAAAAGACAUGUCGUACUACAUGUGUGUGAGGUCACUCGAUAAUGGGAACAAAGGAGCGUUUCUUGUCCGUUUGCCCGAAAAUGGUCAGUACUGCCUGGAGAUCUUCUGCAAGGAGAUAGACGACGAAGAACCCAGCACUGAUGUUGUGAACUACUUGAUACAUUGCGAAAGCAUGGCGCCUAAGAACGUCCGACAGUUUCCGCGCGUGUCUAACGCUUGCUGGGGUCCGAUUUUUCCUCUGUUCACCGAGUUUCACCUCAAACUCGUCACUCACGCGGAUCCUCUUGUUGUGUGCAAUUCCGGUGCAAUACGCCUGACUUUCGAAAACCCAAACGCAGUGGCUUUGACCUGGACGCUCAACCACUGGAACAACGGAGCAGAGAAAGACUGUAAAAACUAUUGUUUCGUUCAGGAAAGUGCUGCAGAGGAAAACUGUUCUACUGCUCUCGUUCUCUUGCCGCUCAAUGGUUACUACAAGUUCUCUCUGUACAUUAAGGAUACGAGUUACGGCGACAAACUAUGCUGCGUUGUCAACUACCUGUUUGACUGCAUGAGUCGGGUACAGCGAUGUCCCCUGCUGCCGAGACCGCUGGAAGACUGGAGGCCGGAGUUUCGUGUUGACCAGCCCCUGACAAGAACACUUCCUAUGGGAGAAACUGUUCGGUACAAGGUCAAAGUGCCCGGGGCUUAUGAUGUCGUCGUCAUCACUUCAACAGGCUUCUUGUGCCACCUGAAGCAGACGGCAGCAGGACAGUGGGAGGGGCAGGUCACCGUGCCGCCGGACGAGGAGGACCGAGGAAAGCCGAUGACGCUGGCUGCCAAGUUCAGCAAAGACGACCGCAAAUUCUCCCUGCUGCUGGAAUACAGAGUCGGUGACAGCAGUUCGUCAGUACGGACUGUACUGUUUGAGACAGACCAGAAGGGUGGAACAGAGACGAUGGUGCUGAGAAAGGCAGUAGACAGGUGGCAGAGAAGGGAGGCCCAACAGGGGCUGGAGGAGGCCUACCAGGGGUUCCUGAACAGGUUCGAGGAGGCCAUCGUGGCAGACAUGGACCCUACUCCCGUCGUUCCCAGGCUGGUGAGGGAAAACAUCCUGACCGAACGAGAAGAGCUGAGCUGUAGGGAAAAUGUAAUACUGAACCCCCCUGCGGCUAACCGGACGGUAGUGCGCGCGGUACGGAGGGAGGGAGAGGACGCCUUCCUGGCGUUCCGGGACUCCCUACAGGACUCAAGUCAGGUGGAGAUAGUCAAGCUCCUUCAGGACGUUAUCGUCGACCAACCAAAAGACAUGGCCGUGCGGAAGAAGCUCCAUGACGCCAUCAGGUCCCGGAACAGGAAGCGGCUGCUGACGGCGAUGGAGGAGUACAGGGCGCUGGGGCUGAACGCGGAGGAUCCCAUCCUCAAGAGCGCCGAGAAAGCACUGGAGAUGCUGCACGUUAGACAAGUUCUCCGUGACGCCAUCUCCGCUAGGCGGCGGGACCCCCUGGAGAGAGCGCUGUCCAUGGCGGCACCCCACCGGCACGACCUGACGGACCUCCUGGAGCAGGCGGAACUCGUCAUCGCGAGCCUGGCGCGUCUCGAGUCGUUACGUCACCAGAUCUUGGAGAUGAACCAAAGCACAGUAUCAGAAAUCAGAAGUUACGCGCACCCACCUCCUGCCGUAGAGAGGGUCAUGUCGGCCACGUUCCUGUUGCUUGGAAACCAAGAAUCGGACAUUUUAGACUGGAAGUCUCUCCAGGCGCUGAUGGGUAAGACCGGACAGGACGGCCUGAAGCGCCGUGUGCAGCUGUGCGAGCAGAGCGCCAUCACCAUGGAUACGGCCAUGAAGGCCAAACUGCUGCUGGAGGGGCUGGACCUGGGCGUGGUGAGGGAUGUGAGCGCUGGGGCCGCCGCGUUCUACAUUUGGGUAAAAGGACUGAUCCGAGAGGUGGAGGACGCCGCUUCUGUACAGUCAGACUGAGGCAUGACGUUUUUGCGAAGAACUACAGAGGGAAGUCGUUUACUUGGACAAGUUUUAUUGCCCGUCGUCUCAAAACAAAUACCCAGCACAGCAGACAAGUUUCACCUGCCUAGUAUUACUAUUCCUUAAGACAUACUAACUUCAAGAAAUACCUUUAGACUGUAAAGUAAUAUGAAGGCACAGAAAAGACUCGCCGUAUUGUAGAACAUAAAGAUAAGGCAAGAAAAAAUACAUUUAAGUGUAGAUCAAAAGUGUACCUUGCGUCUCCCAAAUGCAGACUUAGAGAUACUCAGAGCAGCCAUGUCUAGAAUACGCUGAACCAAACAUCUCAGUUGCAAUAUUUAACAAAAAAUCCAAACUCAAUUUAACAAAGUAACCUAAUUCUAUUGUUGAAAUAGUAAGGUUCUGAUUAGAUAGUUCUGAUACAUACACGAAAUAGUAACAUAAUUAGAUUCUUAUGAGGCUUGAUUUUCUGACCCAAUACUCAAUUGAUUUCAUUGAUGCUACGUAUAAACUUAUUAUGUUCUUACUAUUUGUUGCAAAGACAUGACGCAUGACAAACGUAUCACUUAUAUGCCACAUUACGUAUUAUAACAUGUACCGGUAGGCGAAAACAAUAAACUGAAAUGCUCUA